AUGGGAUUUGUUUUACUGAAUCAAGUGGGGGAGCAGCCGAUUGAGUUUCUUCCGAAGAGCGGAAUAUACACAAAGGGAAAUCUUUAUGACUGCAAGAACGUGGAGAUAAGCAAUGAGAUUGAGUGUGAAGUACUGCAGGAUGCACGCAGAGCGGCUGAGGCCCAUAGAAGGGUUCGAUAUAAGCUUCAGCAGAGCCUUAGGCCAGGAAUGAAAUUUCUUGAGAUUGCAGAGUGUGUUGAGGAGUCAACUAGAAUUCUUUUGAAGGGUGAGAAGAACGAAGGGAUAGGAUUUCCUGUAGGAAUGUCUAUGAAUUCGUGUGCUGCACACUACACUGUGAAUCCUGGAGAAGCAGAUAUAUUCCUAGGUGAGAAUGAUGUGCUGAAGAUUGACUUUGGAACACACUCCAACGGAAGAAUCAUGGACUCUGCAUUUACAGUUGCAUUCAAUCAUGAGUAUGAGCCACUACUUAAAGCAGCAAAGGAGGGCACAGAGACCGGAAUCAGGUCUUUAGGAAUUGAUGUGAGAGUGUGUGACAUAGGUAGAGACAUUUGUGAAGUAAUGUCAAGUUAUGAAAUGAUCGUUGAUGGAAAGACAGUGCCAAUAAAGCCGAUUUCUGACUUGAAUGGACACUCAAUAUGCCAGUUCAAGAUCCAUGGAGGAAUAUCAAUCCCUGCAGUUAACAACAAGGACACAACAAGGAUUGUUGGAGACAUGUUCUAUGCAAUAGAGACAUUUUCAACAACAGGAAGAGGUACAAUAGAUGACAAACCACCAUGCUCCCACUACAUUUUGAAUGCCAAUAAGUCCAGGAAGUUAUACAACAAGGAUCUGAUAACGAUCUACGAGUUCGUCAAGAAAUCAUUUGGAACACUGCCAUUCAGUCCAAGGCACCUGGAGCAUUACAACCUGAUAACUGGCGAUGUACUUAAGAAUGUAAAUCUGCUGACAAUGAUGGGACUGCUGAUUCCAUAUCCACCACUGAAUGACAUCCAAGGCUGUAAGGUUGCUCAGUUUGAACACACCGUAUACCUGAGUGAAAUGGGAAAGGAGGUUCUCACUAGAGGAGACGACUACUAA